CGCAGUGGGUUUUCUGAAGGCUACGGCGCGUGCCGCAUGCCAACUCUGCCGCUGACCUCGCGCGACCCUAUUAAAACAAGAAAACAUCACUGAUCGGACAUAUUGUCUCCGGUAUCCUCAGCAAUGAAGUUCAUCUGUUCGUGUUUGUGUGUCGCGGUUGCGUUGGGCGGCGCCGCGGCCGCGCCAGCCAGCGGGUUCGUGUUCCCAGACGAAAGGCGGCGGGAGAAAAAACUGGAGCCGGUCAUCACACCUCCUGUUCUACCUUAUAUAGAGCAUUUGGAGCGUGACCCUAGCACGCUGCUUCCCAACGAGACGAAGGGAAGGAACGUGCCGUCUGAUUCAGUAAAGCCUCGGUUUGGAUUCGGAGGAGGUUUCAACGUGGCGCCGACGGGGCACGGCGGCCUGUCGGCAAGCAUCAGCAGCAGCGCCAACGGCCUCGGCGCCAGCCACUCGGCGUCACAGUCGUUCUCGUUCGGGUUUAAUGAAGGGUUUAGUGCAUCGCAUUCCGCUAGCCAAGCCUCCUCAUUUAAUGGAUUUGGCGGCGGUUUCGGCGGCAGUCAGGCCAGCAGCCAAGCGGCCUCGUUCGGCGGUUCCGGCGGUUCCCUAUCCGGCGCGGCAUCAUCAGCUUCUUCGUUCGGUGGCCAUGGAGGCUCCGGCAGUCAGAGCGCUUCGCAGGCCUUUGGUUUCAACGGUCUGAACUCGCUGGGCGGAUUCCAGCCUCAUGAGGCAACCUUUGGCGAGGGUUUAUUGGACGUGAGGCACCGAGGGAUUCCCGACUUCCCCUUCCCAGAAUUCAUUAGCAGGAACGGGAGAGGCAAAGGCGUCAGUGCUGCUAGCUUCAGAAAAUCCAGGCCUUUGAGUACCGAUAGCGACGAUUUUCUGGCAGUUCUAGUCUCUAACAGUUAAACACAAAUAUUAGUAUUUAAGAAUAUUAGUUCGUUUUUAAAAAUGUCAUUUUUACCAGGCAUGCAAGUAUGGUCGCGUGAUAAAUGAUAAAACAUGUUUAUCGCGCGACCAUGGUUGCCCGGCAGGUUUAUACAAACUGGUGGUCUUCAUAAUCAUAGAAACGCUCGCGUAAACCUGGCAAGAGCUCUAAAAUAUUCUUAAUUAUAGGCAAAUCAAAAUUUUGUUUAAAACAGCUAGUAUAAAACAAAAUAAUAUAUCUACAUGUACUUGUAUGCAAAAUGUGCAAUAAAUGCCUCAGUCAAUACAUAAUGUGGCAACAUGUCCAAACACAUAAACAUAAUUUAUGUAUACAUUACAUAUGCUUAGCAAUUAGCUUCAAGAGAAUACAUAAAUCGUGAAUUUUGAAAUGCAACAUGCUUGAGUUAAGACCAUUGCCACAUGAAAGUUGGCGAUUCUGCAUUGAGUAUUAACAUUGUGCACAUGCUAACUAAUACUAAUUGAGCAAUAGGUACCACAGAAUAAAUAAUAAGUACUAAUACAAGCGCACAGGAAAUACACUUUCUUACAACAGAAAUUUGACAGCGGUUCAGGGUCGAACCGUGUUGUCCUUCUAAUGCAUGACACUCUAUACCUUUAGUGCGUUUUCACGUUAUCCGAUCCGAUAUCGGAUGUCAAACCGAUAUCCCAUACAUUUAUGCCGCCAUCUUUGAUUUUUACCUUUGAAAUCCUUCCGACUUCCGAUAUCGGAUCGGAUAGUGUGAAAACGCACUUAGGCUAUUCAGGGUUGUCAAAAAUCAAUUAAUAAUCUUAACUGUGGUAGCUGGUAGCGCACGCACUGGUGGUGUGGUCACCCCAAUAGUGUACCUACCUACCCCUACAACCCUAAUAACUUCUCGUAGCAAUGCUAAGCCGAGCGAAUCCGAAAUCGCCCGAAAGGCACAGUUUCCCAAUUGGCAUUAUACCAUUGCCAAAAUAAUAAUAUUAAAUUAAUUUGCAUUAUUUGACUAGAAUGGGCAAUUAUGAAAAAUAUUUCUAAAUAUUUAAACUUACAUACGUAAGAAAUUGUUCAUUUCCCAAAGCAUACUCUGUAUUUAGCUCUCUUGUAUUAUGUAAUUAAUUAAGAUCAACAUUUUGUACAUAAAAUUGUUAAAGUUUAUAAUUACUCUUAGUACAAAAUGUUAAUAAGAAAUCGUUAUUAUUUAUUUUAGAAAUAAAUGAAAUAAGUAAUCUG